ACACAUUUUCAGCUCGCCAUUUCAGAUGAGCCCAGCAGGUGACUUGAUGGUCCUUGCAUGGUGACCUCAGGCUCCCCUGUCUUUUCAACUAUAUUUAGAAUGAAUACCUAACUAUUACCGGAUUAUCCGGAGGUGGUGUUUAGCCUGGACAAGCGAAUUUCAGGCAAAAUGACAUCAUAAAUCGUCAGUGUUCAUUGUUCUUGUCAGUGAAGAAAGAAUGAACAUCUCAGGGAAUGCUAUAGGGUAAUCUGCAAUACCAAGAAGCAAACUUGACCCACCGACAAACCUCGGGCUCCGCUGCCGAGACUAUCGGGCAUGUGAGACUGAAGUGAUAUCCACCGCUCACACAUGACCUCUACUAUCACCACCUCGCACACCUUCAACAACAUCGUAGCCAUGGCGCCCUUGACUGCCGCGGAGAUUGUGGAGCACCCUGCGUAUAAUUCGGUGGCGUGGGAUCUCUCUCCCACCACCUCAGGAACCUGUCCAGUAGCGCAAAACAGACGCGGCGGCCCCUUGAACCUGUACUAUGAAAUCCACGGCACUGGACCUGCAAAGCUUGUCUGGAUCAUGGGGCUGAACGCCUCACACGACGAUUGGAAGCGGCAGACCAAGUAUUUCGGCCACCAGAACGCCGCCAAAUACACCUGUUUGGUCUUUGACAAUCGCGGUGUCGGGCGCUCCGACAAGCCAGUGAACUACUACUCCACGUCGGAGAUGGCGCAAGAUGUCGUCGAUCUCCUGAGUCACCUGGGCUGGAUCGACCUCUCGGCCCCCGCCACCCGAUCGAUCCAUGUCAUCGGCGCCAGUAUGGGCGGCAUGAUCUCCCAGGAAGUCGGCAUGCUCAUUCCCGACCGUCUGGCGAGUCUCACGCUAUGCUGUACGGCCCCGCGACUCGUCCGCACGGCCCCGUUCCUGGAGAACCUGCGCGAGCGCGCGAGCAUGUUCAUCCCUCGGCAUGUGGACGUCGAGCUGGCGCGCCUGGGCUACACACUUUUCGGCGGGGAUUUCCUCGACCAGCCCGAUACGGAGAACGAGGAUCCGAAGAAGAACUUCCCGACCAGGCGCGACCGGUUCGCGGCCGGCCAGUUGAAGAAGCGGGAGGAUCCCGAUAACUUUACGAAGAAGGGCUUCCUGAUGCAGAUUGUGGCGUGCUACUUUCAUCAGAAGUCUCCACAGCAGCUGAAGGCGCUGGGGGAUGCUGUUGGGCGAGAGCGCAUUGCUGUUCUGCACGGCACGGAAGACCGCAUGCUUACGUUCCGUCAUGGGGAGAUCCUACAUGAGGAGAUUGGCAAAGGAAUCCUGUGGAAGGUGUAUGAGGGCAGUGGCCAUGUGCUGAUGUGGGAGAAUGAAGAUGAGGUGAACCAGUUAUUGGAGGAGCUGGUCGAAAGGACUUCCUAAUCUGGAACAAAUCCUUAGAUGUCUGAUCAUGCUUAUUAAUUUAUUUGUAUACCAACUGUAUCCUUCCGUAUGUACAUAAAUGCGUGAGCAACCAGAGCGAGAAGAGUUCGAAAGCCAAAGACAAAAAAGAGGCAAUAAGCAACCCUGGAAAUA